AAGAAAAAUCGUUCCUUUUUAGAUAAAGUCGGGAAAAAUAAUGAACGAUGCACAUUGGGUCUGUUCGCACAUCGGUUCGUUGAGAAUAUAAGUGACAACAAUGCCCACCAACAGUGGAACAUGUCUCCAUGGCAAGAAUUCUGUUCUUCUGCUUCCAUUGGUGAAGAGAUGCAUCUCUCUCUUGCAAACCUGCGCUUCAUCGCUACCGAAGCUCAGGCAAAUCCACGCAUUCUCCAUCCGCCAUGGCGUUCCUCUCUCCGAUGCCGACAUGGGCAAGCACCUCAUCUUCUAUAUCGUCUCUCUUCCUUCCUCACCUCCCUUGUCCUACGCCCACAGGAUCUUCUCCAAAAUCCAGAACCCUAACAAUGUCUUCACGUGGAACACCUUGAUCAGAGGCUACGCCGAGAAUGGCGACCCGAGCCCGGCCGUUGCUCUGUUUCGCGAAAUGCGGGUCUCCGGUUUGGCCGAGCCCGAUACUCAUACGUACCCGUUUCUUCUGAAGGCAGUGGCGAAAAUGGCGGAUGUUCGUUUGGGCGAGACGAUUCAUUCCAUUGUAAUAAGAAGUGGGUUUGAUUCCUUGAUAUUUGCUCAGAACUCUCUGCUCCAUUUGUACGCGAACUGCGGCGACGUAGCGAGUGCGUACAAGAUGUUCGAUAAAAUGUCCGAAAGAGAUCUUGUGGCGUGGAACUCUUUGAUCAAUGGGUUCGCACUUAACGGAAAGCCCACUGAAGCUAUGGAGAUUUACAGAGGAAUGCAAAUGGAAGGAAUCGAGCCGGACGGGUUCACAAUAGUGAGCUUGUUGUCAGCCUGUGCCGAGCUCGGUGCUCUCGCCUUAGGUAGGAGGGUCCAUGUGUAUAUGAUCAAAGUGGGUUGGAGGGGAAAUUCUCAUGCGAACAAUGCACUUUUGGAUUUCUAUGCAAAAUGUGGAAGAGUUAGAGAAGCGCAGACACUUUUCCACGAAAUGGGUAACAAGAAUAGCAUCUCUUGGAACUCGCUGAUCGUCGGGUUGGCUGUUAAUGGCUUCGGUAAAGAAUCACUCGAGCUUUUCAAGGACAUGGAGAAGAAGGGUUUGCCGCCGAAUGAGGUAACCUUUGUCGGGAUCUUAUACGCUUGUAGCCAUUGCGGAAUGGUUACUGAAGGUUUCGAAUAUUUCAGAAGAAUGGUCGAGGAGUUCAACAUCGUGCCCAGGAUCGAACACUACGGUUGUAUGGUUGAUUUGUUGAGUAGGGCAGGGAAGAUUAAGGAAGCAUAUGAUUACAUUCAGAACAUGCCAAUGCAGCCAAAUUCUGUAAUUUGGAGAACCUUGUUAGGAGCUUGCAGUGUUCAUGGUAAUUCAGCCCUAGCAGAGUAUGCUACAGAUCAGCUCUUACAACUAGAACCUAACUACAGUGGCGACUAUGUCCUGUUGUCCAACUUGUACGCGUCCGAGGAGCGUUGGUUGGACGUGCAAAGGGUACGGAGGAAAAUGGUCAAUGACGGGGUCAGAAAAUUCCCGGGUCACAGCCUCGUGGAGGUAGGAAAUCAGGUUCACGAGUUUUUCAUGGGCGAUAAGUCCCAUCCUCAAACCGGGGAGAUUUAUGCUAAGCUGAAAGAAAUGACUGAAAGACUGAGAAUGGAAGGCUACAUACCGCAAACUUCAAAGGUAUACGUCGAUGUGGAGGAGGAAGAGAAGGAGAACGCCCUGGUUUACCACAGCGAGAAGAUCGCGAUUGCGUUUAUGCUCAUAAGCACACCAGCAAGUUCCCCGAUCCACGUCGUAAAGAAUCUUAGGGUUUGUGAAGAUUGCCAUGUUGUGAUUAAGCUUGUUUCCAAGAUCUAUGAUCGAGAGAUCAUCGUUAGGGACCGUAGUAGGUUUCACCAUUUUAAGGAUGGCUCUUGUUCUUGCCAAGAUUAUUGGUAAAAACUUUCCUAGACACAGGAAGAAAAGAUUACAAUAAAGUCU